AUGAGUCAGCAGCGUUUUGAAAACAAUAUGAGGUUGAUUGAUUGUCGCCGUACGCACAGAGUUACCUCUCCACUGUUUGCUAAUGACAGUGACAAUGAUAGUGGUAAUGAUGGUGCUGAUGGUGAUGGUUUUGAUGUUGGUGGUAGUGAAGAUGGCGGCGGUUAUGCUGCUGCUGCUGCUGAUGGCGAUGGUGAUGGUGAGACGAUGUUUACUCAGGAGGAUCAGAUGUUAUACAUUAACUUCAGUGCUGCCUGUAUGCAACCCUCCCCAAACCGCAAGCCAGAACGAAAAAAGGAAAAUUUUGGUAUUGGUGUUUGGAAUAAGUGA